CACGGGGGUGAGGACGUGUUGACACGAAGAGCUUUAGUUUUUAGAUUUGAGAUAGAUAAUGCCACAGCCAAAUGGUGAGAGAUAUGGACGUAGGAAUGAGUGUAGCGAACAAUGGUUUGUUCUCAGACCCUUCUUCCGUUGCUUUCUGGGGUGCCACUCAAAACAUUGCCAUCAAAUUCUCAACCACCCAUUUGGGCUAUUCACUUAAUAAUAAGCAUCAGCUUCAGCUUCGAUCGUUUAACACCAAACCAAAAUUCAAUUUGCGUGAGGUGUCCACACCAAUAGCUAUGGCAACUGGAAGGGUGCAACAAGUUCUUCCUCCACCCCUUACUUCCACUUCACUUCCACCUUCCUUGUUUGAUGGAACUACAAGGUUGUAUAUCUCCUACACAUGCCCGUAUGCCCAGCGUGUAUGGAUCACUCGUAACUGUAAGGGUUUGGAGGAGAAGAUUCAAUUGGUUCCUAUUGAUCUACAAGAUAGGCCUUCCUGGUAUAAGGAGAAAGUCUACCCACCCAACAAGGUUCCAUCUUUGGAACACAAUAAUGAAGUAAGAGGAGAGAGUCUUGAUUUGAUUAGAUAUAUUGACAGUCACUUUGAAGGGCCCUCUCUUUUUCCUAGUGGUUCUGAUAAGGAGUUUGCUGAAGAGUUGCUAUCUUACACCGAUACCUUUUACAAGACAGUUAUUUCUUCAUUUAAAGGAGAUGUGACUGAAGCCGGCACUACGUUUGAUUACAUGGAAACUGCUCUCUCCAAAUAUGACCAUGGACCUUUCUUCCUUGGCCAGUUCAGCCUAGUUGAUAUAGCAUAUGCUCCCUUCAUUGAACGAUUUCAACUGUUUUUAAUGGAGGUGAAGGAUUAUGAUAUUAAAAUGGGUAGAAUUAAAAUUAUGCGAUUGGUACAGGAAAUAAACAACAUCGACGGCUACAAAGUAACUCGCUCUGAUCCCAAGGUGCUUGUUGAAAGCUACAAGAAACGCUUCCUGGCACAAGAAGAUUCAACAUUGUGAGAGCACGAGUGAAAAUCAGUGUGCCACAGAUAUACUGAUUCUGUCAUAUGCGGAUGUGAAGGUGACGUUGGUUACUUGGAUGGUCAUUCAUUAUCAUGAGUUGAACCUUAAUUUGUAUUCUUGAGGCAGAGUCAAGUUUAUUGUCAAGAGCGUUUGUAACAGAAUCCCUGU